AUGAAGCUCUCGUACAACUUCUUCAAGUCCGUUCUGCUAGCGGUGGUGUUCGCUACUGUCGUGUCUGCGGCUCCUUUCACGGGCAGCUUGAAGCACACUAGUACCCAAAGGCGCUCGAUCGGUAACCUUGUUGUCGAGAGUUUCCACCCAGAACUAGUCACUCACAUUACCUUCGGUGUCGAGGGGAUUGCGCACCCGCUCUCGGCUCGGGACGAGUUCGAUGUCAAGGAUGCGACCGUGUCCUUCGUCCAGUCCCGCCUCAACGUGCACCCCGACACCGUCGGCUUCAGGACAAGCUUUGAGAAUGACGUCGCGCAUCACGCCUUCGUGAAGCAGCAAGUCAAUGGCAUUCCCAUUGCCAACGCUGUUGCGAACGUGGCCUUCAACAAGGCGAACCAGGUCGUAUCAUUCGGUUCUUCUUUCGUCAACCCAACCUCCGUCCCGUCGAUUACGCCCUCUAUCUCCCUGGAGGACGCGAUUUCCACGGCUGAGAGCCAGCUCUCGGGCAAGUUCAACGAGCACCCUGCCACGCUCGAGUUCGUUGCGAAGAAGGACGGCUCGCUCGCCCUCACGCACGUCAUUCAGAUCCAGAACGACGAGACCGGCGCGUGGCUCGAGGCGUUCGUGGACGCACACUCCGGCGAGGUCGUCCAGCUGACUGACUUUGUUGCGAAGGCUUCGUAUCUCGUGCUCCCGAUCACCAAGGAGAUAUUGACGGAGGGCUUCGAGGUCCUCACCGACCCGCAGAACCCCGCUGCCUCCCCUGAUGGCUGGCACAGCGACGGCACGACGACCACGACCGCCACCGCCGGCAACAACGUUGUCACGUUCAAGGGCGCGCAGACGAACACGACCUCCGAGUCCUCGACCGGGCUCAACUUCGUCUUCACGCAGGACGCGUCCCAGGCGCCGACCGCGGAGGUGAAUAUCGAUGCCGCGCGCACGAACGCGUUCUACCUUGUGAACACCGUGCACGACAUGUCGUACGUCUACGGCUUCACCGAGGCUGCCUUCAACUUCCAGAACAACAACUUCGGCAAGGGCGGCGCGGGGAAUGACCGCGUUACCGUAUCCGUGCAGGACACCGCCGGGCUUGACAAUGCGGACUUCGCUACGCCUCCGGACGGUCAAUCUGGACGCAUGCGGAUGUUCCUGUGGGACCACACCAACCCGCGCCGGGACGGUGCGCUCGAGAACGACAUCGUCGUGCAUGAGAACACCCACGGCAUCACGAACCGGCUGACUGGUGGCGGAACUGGGCGCUGCCUGCAGACGACUGAGGCUGGCGGCAUGGGUGAGGGCUGGUCCGAUGCAAACGCCGAAUGGACGGAGCACAAGAACGCGACGAUUGUGGACUUCGUCCUGGGCCAGUAUGUCAUCAACGACCCGGCCGGUAUUCGCAGCCACCCGUACUCGACGGACCCGGCUGUCAACCCUCUGAGGUAUUCGAGCCUACAGACGUUGUCUGAGGUUCACGACAUCGGAGAGGUCUGGGCGAACCUGCUCCACAACGUGUAUGCUGCUCUCGUUGGUGUGCACGGCUUCUCGGACACAGCGCACACUGACCCAACGACCACCGGCGGUAACACUGUCUUCCUUCACCUCUUCCUCGACGCUCUUCCCCUGCAGCCAUGCAACCCGACCUUCCUGACGGCACGUAACGCAUGGAUCCAGGCGGACGCGAACCGCUUCGGCGGAGCGAACUUCUGCACGCUCUGGACGGCAUUUGCAUCCCGUGGCCUCGGUGUCAACGCUGCGAACCACCAGGACGACUCGACUGUCCCGGCUUCGUGCACUUAG